AUGGAACAGUCGCUGGAUGCGUCAGCGGCAGGAGACAGCAUCCGUUCGGCGUUAAAGAGCCACGUCUACAAUGGCAAGCCGGUGGCGUUCGCAGUGGCGACUGCGCUGAACUGCAUCAUGCUCGGAGUUAUUCGAUGGGAGCGACGGGAAAAUGGGAGCUCGCACUACUCGUGCGCGAUCUACUACCAAGCUGACACUUUCCUGGAGAUGAUGCGCCAGAAGAGCUACAAGGAGCUAGUGGCUGCCGUGCGCUAUCUUCAAUCACUGUUUUUCGUAAUCGUCGAAGGCAUGGACCGUGCUCUCAUCGAGCUCAAGAAGCAGCACAAACAAAAGAGCAAGAAGAAUGGACCAACUUCUGGUACGUCCUCGACCUCCGCCAACACUCCGAUGAUCUCGUUUGCCGACUUGCACGAAGUGGCGUUCCAGUUGUUUAUGGACGUGGGGGCCCACACGAAGUUCACGUGCGAUGUCGACGCUACGGCGAACUACGUGGCGCUGUUGACUCGCGAAUUCGUUGUCGCUGCCUCACGCGCAUCCGCUCUGGAGGAGUUCCUGGAGUCGGUUCCUCGGAAAAACUCGUUUCGAGUGACUCGCUCGGGCGCUACUGCGAGUGCAAGUGCCAACGCGUGGCUGCGGAUGCUUCAAGUGAUUCCCGGCGUGAGUGAGGACAAGGCGCAGUGCCUGCUGGACCACUUUCCGACCUAUGACAGCCUCAUGCGUGCGUAUCGAGAUCCAAGUUUAUCCCAGCACCAGAAGGAAGACCUCGUUGCUGACAAACUGCACGACGCUCGUAUCCAACGAGCUUUGUCCAAGCGUAUCUACAUUGUUUUCUGCGAGGAGAAUCCUGCUGCGUUAAUUUAG